AGGAAAAAAGAGGACCUGUUACAGCUGGAGGAUCUGAUCAGCCUGAGCAAAGAACUGAAGGCAGAGAGUGAGAGUCCGGCGCAGGAGACGCAGGGCUCAUAGAUUAUUCGCCAUUUAAGCAGAGCAACAUACAUCUUUAGUCUCCUGGGUGCUAGUCUGAAGCUGGGGAGAAAACAUGGACAGUAGCGGGGAACUGAGGGGCCUUUCGGGUCAGCGUGACGACGAGGCGGCAUGCACUUCGGCUUCGGAGGGCCUCGAGGAGGGGGAGGUGGAGGGCGAGACACUGCUCAUCGUGGAGUCUGAGGACCAGGCCUCUGUGGACCUCUCCCACGACCAGAGCGGCGACUCCCUGAACAGCGACGUCGGGGACGAUGCCGACAGCAGCUGGAAUGAGGACACGUCCUUCUACUGCGAGAAGUGCCACAAGUGGAUCCCCUCUGCCCAGCUGCGAGGAGAACAGCCGAGUUACCUGAAAGGUGAUAAUUUCUUCAAGUUUACCUGCUACGACUGUUCAGAAGACGGCAAAGAGACCUUUGAGAGGAUGAGGCUUACCUGGCAGCAGGUGGUGAUGCUAGCCAUGUACAACCUGUCUCUGGAGGGCACAGGGCGUCAGGGCUACUUCCGCUGGAAAGAAGACAUUUGUGCCUUUAUUGGAAGACAUUGGACCUUCUUACUGGGGUCCAGAAAGAAGACGUCUACCUGGUGGAGCACUGUGGCCGGGUGCCUGUCCGUCGGGAGCCCCACAUUCUUCCGCUCGGGGGCCCAGGAGUUCGGUGAGCCCGGCUGGUGGAAGCUGGUGCACAACCGGCCCCCUACCCUUCGGCCGGAAGGGGACAAGACCUCGGUCGCGUCUCUAAAGGCGAAAGCACUGUCGAAGCCUCCGCUGGACCCCAUCAUCACCGUGGAGGGCCUGAGGAAGCGGGGCGGUCGCAACCCUGUGGAGAGCGCCAUGCAGCUGAAGGAGAAGCGCUCGCGCACGCAAGAGGCCAAGGACAUCCGGCGCGCCCAGAAGGAGGCAGCCGGCUUCUUGGACCGCAGCGCCUCCUCCACGCCGGUCAAGCUGGGCAGCCGCAGCCGGCGCCCCGACCUGGUGCUGGAGAAAGGGGAGGUCAUCGACUUCUCAUCCCUCAGCUCCUCGGACCGGACGCCCCUGACCAGCCCCUCACCCUCCCCUUCUCCGGACUUCUCGGCCCCUGGGACCCCCGCCUCGCACUCGGCCACGCCCAGCCUGCUGUCCGAGGCCGACCUCAUCCCGGAUGUGAUGCCACCUCAAGCACUCUUCCACGACGAUGAGGAGCUGGAUGGCGAGGGAGUGAUUGACCCGGGCAUGGAGUACCUCCCUCCUCCCAGCAUGCCCACCAUGCGGCAGAAGCUGCGGCCGACCGAGCACAUCAAACAGGAAGUGGAGAGUGAGGGGGAGGAGCGGGCUGCCGGGGAGGAUGAGGAUGAGGAGGAGGUGGCCGCCCGGCGGCGGGCUGAGGAUAGGACAGGUGACAGGAAAAAGGCCCCGCAGGAGAAAGGGGGGGCCCCCUCGUGCCCUGGCGCCCCCCGCUAUGCCCCCCUCAGCCUUUAUGAGGAGCGGCAGCUGCUCCGCCGCCUGGAGGCCUGUCCCCAGGCGCUGGCCGUCACCUCUCAGGCGCGGCGCCUCCACAGGAAGCUGCUGGUGCGGCAGGCCAAACGCGAGCGCGGGCUGCCUCUCCUGGACCUGGACCGGGCCGUCAGCACAUCUCUCAGCCUUGUGGGAGGGGUGUGCGGGCCCCAGGAAGCUGGAGCGUGCAUACAGGCAGGCCCCGGCACCUUCCGCACCACCAGCCGGGACCUCAGGAUCCUGGAUCGCUUUCAGACAAGCACUCUGAACCGGAAGGGCUACCAGCAGCCCACCGUGUCCUUCUGGCACAGGCUGAUGGGGUCGGACGCCAGCAUGGACCAAGGGAUCAAAAGCCCGUACACGUCUCGCGUCCUGAAGCCCUACAUCAGGAGGGACUAUGAGAGCAGGCCCCUGAAGCUGAACCUCCUGGCUGAGAUCCGUGCGUACCCCCACAAGGACGAUCCCAGCUGGGUGGCCGAGCCUGACGCUCCCAUCGACUACUGCUACGUCCGUCCUAAUCACAUUCCCUCGGUCAACUCCAUGUGCCAUGAGAUCUUCUGGCCAGGUGUUGACCUCUCCGAGUGUCUGCAGUAUCCCGACUUCAGCGUGGUGGUUCUCUACAAAAAGGUGGUGAUUGGCUUCGGCUUCAUGGUCCCGGACGUGAAGUACAAUGAGGCCUACAUCUCCUUCCUGCUGGUGCACCCUGACUGGAGGAGGGCUGGCAUCGGCACCUUCAUGAUCUACCACCUCAUUCAGACAUGCAUGGGGAAGGAUGUCACGCUCCACGUCUCGGCAAGCAACCCCGCCAUGCUUCUAUACCAGAAGUUCGGCUUCAAGACGGAGGAGUACAUCUUGGACUUCUAUGACAAAUAUUACCCCGUGGACAGCAAGGAGUGCCGACACGCCUUCUUCCUGCGGCUGCGGCGCUGACGCCGUCUGCACUGGGGGCCCGGGGCCCUGUGGAGAUACUUCAUCAUAGCGCUCAAUCCACGGGGGCACCAUUCCCUCGGGGCUGCAGUCUGCCUGCCCCAUUUCUACCCAAUGUGUAUUUGUACUUCACGCGUCUUUUGUACAUAUUCGUGUUUCCCAGGGACAGCAGGCUGGGGGGAGAUAGUAGGGGGGACCUGCUGUCUUCUAGCCAAACAGGACUCGUAACGGAAACCAGAGACUCGACUUGCUUUGCGGAGGCGAGAUGCUCAUGAAAGAAGAAAGUUCCCACUGUAGGCAGGAUCCGUUUUAAAAUAGGGAGCACGGCAUCCACCGUUUUGUAAAUACAUUUAUGUGCAAACCUGUAGCUGAUGUAACCUUUGAUAUUAAACAGUUUUCUUAUUAAA